CUCAGACUUAGUGCAAUGUCCCAUUUGUUGCCUUGAGCAUGGCUAGGGCAAAGCCCAAGGGCAAGGUGGAGGCCACGCAAUGGAAGGUCAAGGAGGAAGGAGAAGCUGCAGAGGCCAGAGCUCAGGCUGAACCACCUGCCAGGCAGCGCAUUCGAGAAACCCGAUUUGUGGGCCUGAUCACUGAGUGGCGUGGAUACAUGGGAUGGCUCCAGCCGCUCAGCAAGAUCGAGCACGACCAGGCUUCCAGACACUGGGGAUUGCUUUACGUGAGCCAAAGCGACGUGACGGCGGUCGAUGGAGUGGUUCCGUGGAUGAGAGCCGGACGUAUCGUGGAUUUCUAUGUCUAUUCAGACUUGGAAGGGCUGGGAGCCGAAGAGGUUCGCGGUUUGUCACCCUUGCGAGUCACACUGUCGCAUGGCGAGGCAAAGACCUUGCUGAAAACUGCGGGGAGUCCGCAGUGGUCUGAGUACCUCACUGAUUCUGAAUACUACCUGAACCUCACAAAGGGAUUAGGACUGGUUCGGAAGUACUCCUGGCAGCUGCCCUUUGUCACAUUUGAGCUGUGGGGUCUAAUCGAGGAUGUGGCACGAGAAGCUGUUCUUCUGUUCAGCUCUCAAGGUGGAGCGACAGAUCGGCGUUUGGCCUUGCUGCUGCCAGAGGAUCAGAUUGCGAAGGUAGAGCACUUGCCAGCCAAUCCGAAGGUGUCAACUCACGCUGUGGUGAGAACGCCGCCCUGCCGCAGUUUAACUCUGGAAGCAUCGUCGGAAGAAUGUACGCAGGCCGUGGUGGCGUUUUUGAAAGCCAUGGAAGGUCGGUGAAGCUGGUGAACAAAGUCUUUCACGACAGUUUGCAAAA